AUGUUAAUUCGAUUCGCUCCUAUAAUCCUAUUGAUUACAUCCGUGUUUGCAAACACCGAAAAGACCAUUUUCAUCGGUCCACCAACCGCCAACAUCCCCUCAGCUCAUCCAACCCUUGAAGACUUGCAUGUCGAUGUCCUCACCCCUUCUAAUUGGACAAUACGAACACAUCUAGAGGCUCAAUUCCCCAAUAUUUCAUCACCAAAUGGCAAAGCCACUUGGCUCAUCUUGGACGAACUCACUGAGGGUCAACGUUACGAAGUGAGAGUGUGUUGGGCUGCAACUCAACCUACCCAAUUCAAAAUCGCUACCUAUGAGCUGCAAACUGUCUUUGAGACUCCUGAACUAAUAUCUGAGCUUUCAGAAUAUUCAUGGUCUCGCCAGUCUCUUGGAGGUGAUCGUGGGUCUCAAUCUAAACCUGUAGGAAACCUCCGGGCCUCGAACUCGGAGAGAGAAGCUUCGGUUCUCUUUCUCCAGAUUCUAGCAGCGGCAGAUUACUAUACGGCGAAUAAGACGCUGAUGAGACACGUUCCAUCAGUCCAUGUGGAUAUCAUCCUCGACCCCUUUCUCCUUGGCGUACUGCCCCGUUCACUAUUGCCAACUGUGGGCUACAUUACCGUAGUAGCCAUCACAUCCUGGUUUAUCGCACGAUACAUCUCAAUAUGGAUUCGUAACUUAGGAGCAGAAGCAAACCCUGAGAAGAAGAUUCAGUGA